UGUAAAUCCCCCUAAAAAUGUUUGCUUUCUCUCCUCUGUUUUCCCUGGUACCUCUUCUUGGAAUGCCGCCAAUGGUGCAGAUAAGGAACCACGCAUUUUCUUGAAGAAAGCUCGGAGUUCGGAGGACCGAACCUUCGUCUAGAUUGGUAGUUUGCGAGAUCCCUGCAAGUUUCUGUUCUUUAUCCAAACUCCAUUCUUUCUCCCCCUGCUGUUCUGCUCCUACCCGAAACCAUUGAGAAAGCUGGAUUUACUAAGUCCGGGAUUUGAGGCAAAACGGAGGAGAAACGGGAUUAGUUGUCAUUUUGGCUGUUUGGCAGGAUUUAGGCUAAAUACUGUUUUAAUCCUGCUCCAAUCGUGCCACCAAACAGCCACUUAAUUGGAAAGAUCACUAUCGAUUUGGUUCCAAUUUGGAGCAGAUUUUGAUCUUACUUUUUGCGAAUACUUCGUAUUGGAUUUGCAUUUUCUGCUUUGAUUUCGGCAAUGUGGAAACUUAAGAUCGCGGAAGGGGGGAGCCCAUGGCUAAGGACAACGAACGGACAUGUGGGAAGACAGGUUUGGGAGUUCGAUCCAGAGUUGGGAACUCCAGAGGAGAUUGCGGAGAUAGAAAAAGCACGGGAAGCGUUUCGGCAGAAUCGAUUCAGCAUGAAGCACAGCGCGGACAAACCCAUGCGGCUGCAGUUUGCAAAGAAUAAUGCAUUUGAAAUACAACUUCCACAAAUACGGCUGGAAGAACAUGAAGACAUAACUGAGGAGGAUGUUUCAACCACUCUUAGAAGAGCUGUCAGUUGUCAAUCCACCCUCCAAGCCCAUGAUGGACACUGGCCUGGAGAUUAUGGUGGCCCCAUGUUUUUGAUGCCUGGCUUGGUUAUAACCUUAUCUGUUACUGGAGCACUUAAUGCUGUUCUAUCGUCAGAGCAUCAGAAGGAGAUUUGCCGUUAUCUUUAUAACCACCAAAACGAAGAUGGUGGUUGGGGUUUGCAUAUUGAAGGCCAUAGCACGAUGUUUGGAUCAGUGCUUACAUAUAUUACCUUGAGAUUGCUAGGCCAAGGAGCUGAAGAUGGAGGUGGAGCGAUGCGAAAGGGAAGAGAUUGGAUAUUAGACCAUGGGGGUGCAACAUAUAUAACUUCAUGGGGAAAAUUUUGGCUUUCAAUUCUUGGAGUAUUUGAUUGGUCUGGUAACAAUCCCUUGCCUCCGGAGAUUUGGCUACUCCCAUAUGCUUUACCCAUUCAUCCAGGACGGAUGUGGUGUCACUGCCGAAUGGUUUAUUUGCCUAUGUCUUAUCUAUAUGGAAAAAGGUUUGUGGGUCCAAUUACCACAACUAUUCAGUUGCUUAGGAAGGAGCUUUAUACCAUUUCGUAUGAUAAAAUAGACUGGAAUUUGGCUCGUAAUCAGUGUGCUAAGGAAGAUUUGUACUAUCCUCAUCCAUUGAUUCAAGACCUUCUUUGGGCUUCUCUUCAUAAAAUCGGUGAACCUAUUUUUAUGAACUGGCCCGGUAGCAUGUUGAGGGAGAAGGCCCUAAGUACCGUCAUGCAACAUAUUCAUUAUGAAGAUGAAAAUACUCGAUACAUUUGCAUAGGUCCUGUAAAUAAGGUGAUAAAUAUGCUUUGUUGCUGGGUUGAAGAUCCGAACUCGGAAGCAUUUAAGUUGCAUCUUCCUAGAGUACAUGACUAUUUGUGGCUCGCAGAAGAUGGAAUGAAAAUGCAGGGGUACAAUGGCAGCCAAUUAUGGGAUACGGCAUUUACAGUACAAGCAAUUAUCUCAACUCAACUUCAUGAAGAAUAUGGUCCUACUCUCAAAAAGGCUCAUGAUUAUAUUAAGAAAUCGCAGGUUCUUGAAGAUUGCCCUGGUGAUCUUAGCUUCUGGUAUCGUCACAUUUCUAAAGGUGCAUGGCCCUUCUCAACAGGAGAUCAUGGAUGGCCUAUUUCAGAUUGUACUGCCGAAGGACUGAAGGCGGUAUUGUUAUUGUCACAAAUAUCUCCAGAAGUUGUUGGAACUUCAAUUGAAGCAAAGAGACUUUAUGAUGCCGUGAAUGUCAUUCUUUCCCUUAUGAAUAAGGAUGGUGGUUUUGCAACUUACGAACUGACAAGAUCUUUUGCUUGGUUGGAGAUUAUCAAUCCCGCUGAGACAUUUGGAGACAUAGUUAUUGACUAUCCAUAUGUGGAAUGCACAUCAGCAUCAAUUCAGGCUUUAACAGCAUUCAAAAAAUUAUUCCCUGAACAUCGAAGAAAAGAGAUAGAUAAUUGCAUUCAAAAGGCUGCUCAUUUCAUUGAGAAGAUACAGAAACCAGAUGGUUCAUGGUAUGGUUCUUGGGCUGUUUGCUUCACUUAUGGAAUAUGGUUUGGAGUGAAGGGACUAAUUGCAGCUGGAAAAUCAUAUCAAAAUAGUCCUUCUAUCCAAAAAGCAUGUAAUUUCCUGUUAUCUAAGCAACUAGCUUCUGGUGGUUGGGGGGAGAGUUAUCUUUCUUGUCAAGAUAAGGUGUACACAAAUCUUGAAGGAUGUCGGUCUCAUGCAGUAAACACGGCAUGGGCCAUGUUGGCCCUAAUAGAUGCUGGACAGGCUGAAAGAGAUCCGAAGCCAUUGAAUCGAGCAGCGAAAACCUUGAUUAACAUGCAACUGGAGAGCGGCGAAUUCCCUCAGCAGGAAAUUAUGGGAGUUUUCAACAGAAACUGCAUGAUCAGCUAUUCAGCAUAUCGCAACAUCUUCCCCAUCUGGGCACUCGGAGAAUACCGCACUCGGGUUCUGAAGGCAAGCAAUUAACAUAACUUCAUGUCUGAGAUAAACAGCUCCUCGAACCUCAUGCUUCUAUCUCUUCAAAAGCAUCUCUCUUGGAUAACAAUAAUGUAAUAUUUUAAUGAAGUAAAAUAUAUUAAAGAUUCCGUUUUAGAGCUUUGAGAAUGUGUUUAAGAAUUAGACUUAGGAACUAAGUUUUCGGGUGCAGAAUCUGCUGUUGAACGUUAGGAUCUAGCACUUCGGCAGCUGUCCAGACUGAAAAUAGCGGUUGAAUGUCGAAACGGAAAAUGUAUGUGAUAGGAAAAGGUUCUACCACUUGUUAU